AUGUCUGUCUUCACCCCCACCAACCAGAUCCGCCUGACCAACGUGGCGGUGGUUCGCAUGAAGCGCGCAGGCAAGCGCUUCAAGAUCGCCUGCUACAAGAACAAGGUGGUGGGCUGGCGCAGCGGCGUGGAGAAAAACCUGGACGAGGUCCUGCAGACGCACUCCGUGUUCGUGAACGUCUCCAAAGGCCAGGUCGCUAAGAAGGAAGACCUCAUCAGUGCCUUCGGCACCGACGAUCAAACGGAAAUCUGCAAGCAGAUUUUGACUAAAGGAGAGGUUCAGGUAUCUGAUAAAGAAAGGCACACACAGCUGGAGCAGAUGUUUAGGGACAUUGCAACCAUCGUGGCAGACAAGUGUGUCAACCCGGAAACAAAGAGACCUUACACUGUUAUCCUUAUUGAGAGAGCCAUGAAGGACAUCCACUAUUCAGUCAAGCCCAAUAAGAGUACAAAACAGCAGGCUUUAGAAGUGAUAAAGCAGCUGAAGGAAAAGAUGAAGAUUGAACGUGCUCACAUGAGGCUCCAGUUCAUUCUUCCAGUGAAUGAAGGGAAGAAGCUCAAGGACAAGCUUAAGCUGUUGAUCAAGGUUAUAGAAAAAGACUAUAGCCAGCAGCUAGAAAUUGUGUGUCUGAUUGACCCAGGCUGCUUCCAGGAAAUUGAUGAGCUAAUAAAAAAGGAAACAAAGGGCAAAGGUUCUUUGGAAGUUCUCAAUUUGAAAGACGUGGAAGAAGGAGAUGAGAAGUUUGAAUGACAUUCCUCAGUCUCUUCAGCUAUAAAACACUAAAAGGAGAUGUUUCUGUUUCUGGUAGCACUGUUCAAUUUCUGUGAUUUGCCAAAAAAAGUGAUCGAUUUGACAUUUCUGUCUUGUGUUCAUCUGUGCAUAAAAAGACUUCCUACAUGAGGAUAAUGUGGGAAUGACUUUGUUUUAAUUUUAAACAGGUGUUCUAAACACAAAUGAAAACUCAAAAGUACCAAGUCCAGAGGGUCAUUUUGCUGCUGUCUCAGGCCUUUAUGGCACUCCAAAAUGAAAGCUUCCUGAGACAACUCUUGUGGCUAAAAAGUUAAGUUUUGUAUAUUAUAUAAGUAAGAUUAUUGGGAAAUAUGUCUGUAUGUUAAAAAGGAGUAUUUACUGGAAAAGAAAACGUGUAAUACAGCCUGUAGGGGUAACUAUCGUGUCAGUCAAGCUUGGAUGACGACGUCCUGAUUAUCUGAAAUGCGCAUGUGGUGGCUGUAGGACUGAAUGAUGGUCAUUGAAUAUGCUGCCAAAACUCAGAUUGUCCUUGGUAAAAUAUAAAGUCAUUCGUUUCUAAUUCUUAAAGCUAUAUAAUAUAUAUUAAUACAGCUAAAAUUAUAUGUGAUCAAUAAACUACUACUAUUUUUAUUAAACUGGCUUGUGUUUGUAGACAGCUUGCUAACUCCUUUUCUCCACCUACAGUAGGGUUGGAAGUUGUCAGGAGAAUUAAAUAAGCUGGUGUUAAUGAACAUGCCUAUCUGAAAAACACCAAAUAAAUCUUAAUUUGGGAGAUGUAA